CGCCAUAUUUUUUCAUUGCGCUGUGCUGUGAAUGUGAAAAAGACUUGGCCGCAGGUAGGGCAAAUUAAAAGGACUGAAAUAAAAUAAAAUACAUUUUUUUAAGUUAUAUGUAUCAGUUAGUUGUUAAAAUUGAUUAAAAUCUUACUAAGUGAGUUUGUUUCACAUUGGAGCUCCCCAUAAAACUAAGCUUGAGAAUUAUUAUCUUUAUAUUCACUGAAACCGGCUGUCAACUUAAUUAUAAUUUACUUUCAAGAAAAGUGACGCUUAUAAAACUGAUUAAAAAUAUCCAGUGCUAAAAGUGUGUUUAAAAGGCAAAAAAUAUAUACAUAGUUAAUUGAAAUGGAAGCACCACCACCAGCUGGAGUAAUGGGGCCACCCCCAACAGGACGUGGUGGUUUCAGAGGACGUGGUGGGCCACCAAUUCGUGGUGGCUUCGAACGUGGCCGUGGACGCGGUAUGGGCAGAGGACACUACAUGGGAAUGCGGGGUGGGGUAAUGGGAGGACCGCCACCAAUGAUGCCUGGAAGCAGGGGUGGAAUGCGUCCACCACGCGGCAUGGGCUACCAAAGGGGAGCAUAUAUUCCUAGAGGAGGACCGCCCAUGCGCGGAGGAAGGCUCCCUAUGUAUGGUCAACCUCCCAAGCAACAUACUGGCGCUGAAAAUAAUAAAACAGUUACACCAAUAUCUACAACACCAACACCUACAAGCGCCCCAGCAGAUGCAUCAACAUCGCAAGCGACUACAACACAAACAACAGCGGCACCAGUACCAACAAAUGGUAUGCCACCCAUGCGAGGAAUGCCACGCGGGCGUGGUGGUCCUCCUGGAAUGCGUGGCAGCCGGGGAAGUUACAUACCUCAUUCAAAUGGUUCAUCAUUUGGUGACCCAAACGGUAUGAUGAGGCGAGGUGGUCCACCACGAGGUCGAGGUGGUUACGGCCAAGGAAUGCCACGACCUCCCAUGUCACACAAUGCAAAUACUCAAGUUGCUCCAGUGCCAACAUUAAAACGUGGUGCUCCCGGGGGUCCACCCGGUCCGAAACGUGGUCGAUAUGAUUCUGGACCGUAUUCACAGCGUCCAAUGGCUCCAAAAUAUCAUCAAACUGCACAAACAACAUCCCAUGCAAAUGCAGGCUACGCAACCUCUCAUGCAUCCUCUCAAGGACAUCACUCUUACCAAGAUCCAUCUCAGGCUGUUGACCCAUACGCUCAACAGUACUCAGCAUCAACCGCUCAAACAUCCUACAAUGGAUAUCCACAGUCAAGUUAUGGAACUGCAGCCCAAGCCAGUGGGGGGUAUUCACAGCAUGGGGAAUACGAUCAAAGUCAAUAUUCUGGAUAUAGCAACACUGGUUAUGGAAGCCAACCAGACACCAGAUAUCAAACUUACGGUCAAGAUUAUACACAGACAUAUGGGGCUCCUGCUGUUGAUUACAGUGCACCCUCAUCUGAUUAUUCGCAGCAGGGUCAAUCGUAUGAUGAGAGGGCGUAUGCAGGUUAUGAUACACAAUCAUACCAGCAGGGGUACUCCAAUGCGGCUGGAUACUAUUAAAUCAUAACAAAACAUUGUAUGGGGUAUAUUCUGUAAGAAAAUAUAAGAUAAGUUUAAACUUAAAAAAUAAAUAAAUGUUUUAAAUGUAAACAUUCUAAUCAGUUAAGAAACAAAAUUUUAAAAUUUCUAAGUAAAAUCACUAAAACAACUACACAAAGAACAGAUAAAACCUUACAAAAUUUUAAGCUUGAACAAAAGUUAAAUACAAAAUUAAAGAAACAUCCCAAGCGCAUAUAGAAAAGAAAUAUUUUAUUAAGUAAACAGAGAAACACAAUUUAUUUAUUAUAAAAACUAAAACUGUUCAAAACAGUGAUAACAAUUUAUUUUGAUAUUUUUUUUUAUUAUUAUAUCACAAACAAAAAUAAUAGUAGAUCGUUUGAAAUAUUUUUUUGUUUUUUUAUAUAUACAUAUACAUAUAUAAAAUUAAACGUCGCACCAUAUAAAGAUGGAACAAUCUUAGAAAAUAUCGUAAUUGUAAAUUGUUUUAUUUGUUUGUAUUUUUUACAACCCCUAAUUUUACAAGUGCACGUCUAUUUAAGGAAAGGAAAACAAAAAUAUAAACCUAACAAAGGUUUAUACAUAUAAAUUUAAAAAAUUAAAACAAAAAUGUUUGGGUGUGUAUCUGAAAGUCUUAUACAAUUAAAACUAAAACUCUUGCAACAUUUUUUAAUUAAAAUACAUUAAACAAAAUAACAAAAACGGAAAGACAAAAUAUGUUAGGGUGUCUAUAUUUGAAAGUCUUUGUACAAUUUUUUUUUUAUAUAAGAGUCAUGUCUUAGUUAAACAAUAAUAUUAUGAUGGUAAAAAUCACUAAGAAAAAUAAAAAAUAAUUUGUAAGUUUAAUUAUAUAAAUAUUCUAUUUAAAUUUAACAGACAAAAAAAUCAAUAAAUACAAAAUUAAAAAAAAAAAUACAAAACAAGUAUUUUGUACAUUUUAUUGAAACUAUUUAUUUAAUUUAUUUUAAUUUAUUGUUCUCUACGUUUAUUUCUCAUUUAAUAAUACUAAAUGAUUCAAACAAAAGCCUGUGAUAUAAGUGAGAACGAUUGCAUAAAAGUCAACUAACAUUAUCUGCGUACAAAAGUUAUUAUAAAUGGAUUUUAUGAAAAGCAAAUUGAUCGAUACUACAAAGUAUACAUAUAAUAUACUCAAACAAAAUUCAUAGCUCGUCAAUAACGAAAUCGAAAGAAAUAUCCUAAAAGAAAUCACAUAUUUGAAUAGAAAUCAAAUAAUUUAGAAAAGGAAGUAAUUUCGUUUUAAAAUGAAAACAAGACCUUACAAAGAUAUAAAAAGAUAAACAUACACGCAAAAUAGCGCUAGGCAAUGUAAGAGAUAAUGUUUUUCAAAGAGUUAACAUAAUGUUUGAGUAAUAAAAUAAUAUUAUCAUGUCCCAUGAAUGUUUUAAAAAAAUAUGUAUGGGUAACAAUAAGAAAAGUGCUAUUUUAUGAUGGCGAUCAUUUUUUUUAAUGAAUUUUCAUUUUAUUUUAUUGUUUGUAAAUCUAACCCUUUAUAAUUGUUAAUUUGCUAUAACUUUAAACAGCAGUCUAUUGCCCCGGCACAGUUUUUGUUUUUGUGAUACGGUUAAGACAUUUUCAUAUAUAAUUUUACUUUGACAGAAAGUACUGACAUACCAUUAGGCUGUUUUUAGCGUCUUGGAGAUAUGAACCAAUAGCAAAUAAUCCAAGAGUGUUUCAUACUUUUAAAAAUUAGUAAGAGAUACAAAUAUAAGUUGUUUUCACUUUCAAAAUAUUUCAAUCGAAAUUAAAACAAAACUAAAAAUAUCGAUUUUGCUCUCGCAAACAAAGUUGAGCAUUACAAGUAAGGACACUUUUAAGUUGUAUUAAAAAAAGUAAAGUAAAAAAUUGUAAAGCUAUAAAACUAAAAACAAACAAAUUAAUUAAUUGAUUAAUAGUCCUUGUGACAAAAUCUGUUUUGGUUUACAUACAUAUGUGUGCGUAAACAAAAUGUAAAUUAUAUUUAAUUGUUUUAUAAAUCAAUCUUUUUUAUUUAAAUUAUUUAUAACUCUGCUUCCUUAUUUUCUGAUCAAAUGAUUUAAUGUUUCAACUCGAAAUAUGAUGAGCAUUUAUAUGAUUUUUGAUUUAUUUGAAAUUAAUUAAUAAUAAAUUUAUUCCUUUAAAAUACGUCACCUUACUUUGGUUAAUACGAAAAAGAUUGCGAAAUCUAUUAAUUAAGAUAAUUUCAAAAACACGCCGCAAAAAGUGGAUUUUUGCUCAAAUCAAACCGCGUAAUUCUAAUAGAUGUUAAAAAAAGGUAGUACAAAUUACGGAAUGUAUAAAACAGUAUUAAAACAAAUUGUUUGUGAAAUAUCAGAAAUUUUAUCGAAAAGUCUACAUUGAAGGUCCUAUUUAUAUAAUAAUAAUAAUAGAAUUAUAUCUAUAAUCACAUUUUAAGAAUAGACAAAAAUCAACUAAUGUUAAGUUCUGAUUCCAUUAUUCGAAAUAUUUAGAAAAUAUUCAUAUACAUACAUACCUAAAAACUUAUCAUAAAAAGGUGACACUGGCUAAAAAUUACACAUUCCUUAAGAGUAAAUAAAUAAGUGUGUAAAUAUAUGACAGAAAGUCAUAAAAAUCCUUCAUUUUGAUUGAUUAAGAAAAGGUAAGGAGCAGACGAAAAUUUAAUUAGUCGAAGCAAUUGUAGAUAAUAAUUCGAACCAAAAACUUGUUAUUAACGAGGUCAAUAAAUUCCUUCAUUUAAGAAUUUUCACUGACACACAUGAAAUAGAAAAAUUGUUACUCAAAUCAGCUCUUCACAUUAUGCUAUGCUUACUAAAACUGCUAUUUUUUUGUGAACAGGGUAUAUUAUGCAGGCAUAUAUAUCUCGACUGCAAUUUUCAAACACAAGUUUAUGUAUUGAAAAAGUAAUGCAAAUGUUUAGUUUGUUUCAUAGAACACAUAAUUUUUUUAAUCAUGCAAGCAAACAAUAAUUUGUAGCGGGAAUCAAAGAACAAAAUAAACAAAAAUCAAUAAAAUUAAAAACAAUAUUCAAAGAGCUGAGAAGGAAAACAAAUUAAAACUAAGUGGCUCAAAAGUAAAAUAUUUCCUAUGCUAUAACAUUAUGGAAAAACCGCACAAUAAGAAAUAAUUAAAACAAAAAAAAACAUUAUCAAAAGUACUAACAAACCUCAGGGGCAAUCGCCCCAAUUUAUAUAAACUUUCGUUCUAGUAGUUAGGUGAUUUAAAUUAAACAUCGUUUAAGUUGAAAACAAAAAUUCACAUUAAGUUUUUAUGUGAAAAGACAAACCAAAAUUUAAAAGCUAUAGAACAAAACUAUACAACAAAAAUGGAAAGAAAUAUUAUAAAGGAAAUAUUAAAACUAACAACAUACAAUCUAGUAGUUAAACCCAUUUAUGAAUUUUUAAAAUAAAACAAAAAUAAAUUCAAUAAAAAUAAAAACAAAAAGAAAGCUUGAAGUAUAAAUGAAAAUACACCAAUGGUAUAACUAACGUUCCAUGAAUGAAAUUUCACCAGGUAUUAUAUUAUUUUUAUAGUAACUACCGUUCUAAAAAAGUAUAUACAUACAUAUAUAAACCUGAAAUAAGAAAAAAAUAGAGAAUUAUAAAUUUAAUCAAAAAUAAAAUCCAAACUAUUUUAAAAAAUUAUUAACUCCUAAUGAAGUGGUGUAUAUACAAUAUACAAACAAUUAUCGCGUAUUAGGAAAUUAAUAAUCAAAUAGUAAUCAAAAGGCUAAUAACUUUAUUUAACAAAAAAAUUAUUCAAUACGAUUUUGCCUGCAGGAAAUGCUCGUUUUCAGAGACGCGGAAAACAAAACAAAAAACUUUGUUUCAAUCAAACAAUUAUCACAUAAUGAAAAGCUUAAGAAAUAUAUCCGAAAAUAUUUUUAAAACAUUAAAAAAUACAAAUAUAAAAUCUCGUAAAUCUCAACUUCACGAAAGCGAUUAUGAAAAUGAAUGAAUGGAAACUAAAAAAAAAUUAAGUUCUUACACCAAAGUUUAAAUAAAUAAUGGUAAGUUAAUUAAAAUUGGUUACUAAAAACUGUGAUAUUGACAAAAAAAAAAUAAGAAGAAAAAUGAAAGUUACUUUCAAUUAUUGAUUAUAUUAAUAAAUUAAUUAAAAGAAUUUUAUAUUAAAAUGAAAUAUACACAUCACGUAUAAUCUUAUAAUUCCAGGCGAUGGAUAUACUAAUGAAGAAAAUCAAAAAGGAGUUUUAAAAAAAGAAAUUCUGUAAUAUUAUGGUAACAGUACAAAAUUUGUGUAUAUAAAUAUUUCUAUAUUUUACUAAGUUUAUUUGAUGAUUUAGUUAAUAAUAUGAAUAUAUUUUGUUUGUAUUAAUCUCCGAAAUUAAAGGUUUUAUAUUUUUGAAAAGGCAAACAAAAAUGACAACAAAUAAAAUACAUAAAUAUGUAUGCAUUAAUACACAAUGGAUUUAUCAUUUUUGAAUCGUUACUUAAUACUUAAUUAAAAUUCCCACAAAAAAUUUAAAACAAAAUGAUGAAAUAAGUUAUUUGUUGUUCUUUAUUGUAGGAUAGAAGAAACAGUAUAGAAGAAUUAAAUGGUGCUUUAAGCUUAACAUGUUAUUUAAAUUUUUAUCACAUUUAUUUCAACUAAUAAUUUCAUCCAAGUCUAUUUUGAAGAAGUUGAAAAGUAUUUAGCUCUGUCACGAAUUCCGGAAAAACUAUUACCAAGUACGUUCGUAGUGGAAAAUCGUAUACAAUUUUGCAUUAUGAACGGAUUAUGUGAUACGGGUUUUCCGAUUAAGAUGAAAUUCGUGAUAUGCUAUAAGUCAAGUAGUAAAACAAUAUUUAAUAGAUAUUGUAUUUGAAAACUGAUACAUUGGAAGUACAUAAUAAGAAACGCUUUCCUCAGAGUAAAAAAGGGAAAGCCAAUGGCCAAUUUAAAAUGAAAAUAUGUACGUACGAAUUUUUAAAAAUAAACACACAUAUAUUAAAGAAGCUCAUAUCCACAUAAUAGAUUUUUGUGUGUUUGAGUAAAACUGUUAUUUUCAUUCCAAAAGUGCUGUUCUAUUUAAAACGGAACAUUGUUUUGCAUACUGAAUUUUUUAGAAAAAACUUUAAAAUAGCAUGUUAUAAAAGUUUUAAUUAUUGUUUGUAGUGUUUUAUUGUCAACAAAUGUUAUUUUAUUUUUUAGACAAAUAGAUUUUUUUCUACUGUAUUGCAUAUGUACUUUUUUGUACAUGCUUUUACUUUAUUGAUGUGCUCUUUUUUGGGAAUGCUAUAAAAAUCAAGUAGGGGAUUAAAACUUCAUUGUGGAAAACGCGUAUCAAUCAAUAUUUAUCAAUUAUGUAUAUAUAUAGGUACAAAAAAAAUUACAAAUUCUUGAAAAAAGUACAAAACAAGAAAAAAUUAUGAAUUAGAGGCACAAAAUGAAAAUUUAAGUUCCUACUUAUUUAAAACAUACAUUUUACUAUCGCCAAAAAAUUGCAAACUCAGAAAACAAGAUAUAAUUUGUUUUAUUUGAAACCGUAAAACCAUAAUUCUAUACUAACAAACUAUUUAUUGCAGGAAUGGACAGAUAUAUUAUAUUUAAAAAUGUUAAAAGACAUUCAAUUCCUUGGUAUUGCAGUUUUAUAAAUAUUAAACUAUUAAUAUUUUUGGAAACGAAUAUAAAAAUAAAUAAUAACUGAAAAAUGACACCUUAUAUUACGGAAGACCAGCAUUGAUCAUACACCUUUUCAAGGCAAAUAUACAAUGUAAAAAAUCUCUUAAUCGUAUAUAUUGAACAUAAUUUUUUUUUUAAAUAUUUAAUUUAAAUUUAUCGAAGAAUUAGGGUCUUAUCAUAAACGUCGAAAAUCUGCGUUAGUACAGUCGUCUUUCUGCUUUGUUGCAUUAAUGAUCACACUAAUUCUGCAGAACGUGUUCAGUUCUGCUUGAGCACGAUUUUAAAUAGUCAAAAUGUUCAUAAACGUCACAAAAAACUCCACAAUUUUCAUAACAAGAUGUCAAAGGAAAACAAUAUUUCAACUUUCUACUUUUAAAUAACGCUUUUCCAGACCUGAAUUCAUUCCUUAUGAUAAUUUUUCUUUCGAUUGAAAGCUAAAUUCAAAGCAACAGCUUUUUUUCCAAUAAAACUUACACUUUUCCCACUUUAUAUUUUACUUUUAACACCUGUCCUAUUGCAGACAAAAAAAUAUUGACGCAGAUGUCAUUUAUAACAUAUCAGCGUUUGUUUAAUCGCAAAUCUGACUUCAUGAACAUGUCUAACUCAGUCCUUAGUUAGGCAGACGUUUAUGAAAACACCCUCAAAUAACGGAUCACAAUCACCCUUAUUCCGAACAUAAACUAUCAAUUACCAAUGCAUUAAUUGUUAAUUGCCAUAAUAAUAAUAAUUGCUUAUAACUUAGAAAUAAUUUAAAAAUGUUAGUUUCUCCAGAAGGAACUUUAGAAUAGGGACCGAAAGUAUGGUUCGAUAUAAAAUGGAACAUUACAAAAAAAGAAUAUAGAAAAAACAAUGACUACAGUUGAAAAAUUGGAAUUAUUCACAAUGCCAUAAUAUUUUUUAUAAUUUACUUUCCCAAUACCGAUUUUUAUUACAAUCCAUAAGUUUUAUCAACCGUUAAACGGUUGAUAGUUGACCUUUGUUACAAGGGUAAUAUUGCUUUAUUAUAUUGAUUUUUAAUAAAAAAAAAUUUAAAUAACUUAAUUUUAAGAAAAAAAAAAUGUUAAAUGUCGAUUGAAGGUUUUAAUUUAUUAAACGUUUUGAUAGAUUAAAUGAUGAAGUUCAAUUAACUACAAGACAUUUAAUUAUUUUAAAUAAAUAGUUGAAAACAAAAAUUGUCGAUAUUUAUCAAUAUAUAUUUAAAAAUCGAUAACAAUAGAUAUUGGACAAUAUAGUUUUAGGCCACAUUACUGCCAACAACAUUCAAUAUUUUAAGGCAAAAUUUAUUGUAUUAUUUAUUAUUAUAUUAUUUUUUUCAUGUGACAAACGAUGUUUUCUUAACAGUGGUUGUGUUAUAACCGAACACCAAACUGAAUCAUCAAAGUAACUAUAAAACAUUCUAAUUAACUCAAGACAAUAACAUCGUAAAAUACCAAAAACACAUUAAAUGAAUUGAUUUCAAAUAAUAUUCAUAAGCAAGUUGAGAUGAAAAAGUACGAUGUUUACCAUUAUCGGUUAUAUACUUUUCUUAAAAUAGUUAAACAUUGAUAUACACCUUAUAAAAAAAAAUCAUUUCAAAACCUCCAGCUUAAAUAAUGAAAAAUUAAAAUAUAAACUAACUGUGAUAUAAAAUCUGUGAUAUUUAAAACAAAAAAUAAAACUAACUGACUUAAUUUCAACUAUAAAAAUU